UAAUAAGCCUAAAGUAUGAGCACUGAUAGGAUUAAAGCAUUUCUCGAGCGAAACAAGGACAAACUUUCCUCAACAAUCAGACCUAAAUUUGCUCCUCCAAUUAACACUGCUACUCUAUCUUCUACACCUGUGAUCAAUAAAAAGAUCUCCAAGUUUAGUAAUAACACUAAAAUGACUAAGAGCAAUGCUGAUUUGAUCAUUGACAAUAAGCCCAUGAGGUUCAAACCUUUACUUAAGAGUGUAGAGGGUGUCAAUGGGAAAGAAGAGUCUAAGAAUGUUAAAUAAAGAACCUAGCACAUCUUCUAUUGCCACUAAUUCAAAGACUUUAACCAAAGCUGAUUAUAGCACACCUGUCUUGAGAGGUAAGAAGGAUAAGCAAAAAGGACAACAUUCUCCGAAUAAACUCAGUGUAAUCUCGAAGCCAAAACAGAAGCAGAAAAAAGAUAAAGAAGAGAAUAAAUCCCAAGCUAGAGAACGCUAUACUAAGCAAGUCCUUGAAAGGCACCAGAAUAGGAAAGAACUUGUUGGAAGAAACAGUAGUCAUACCAAGAAACCUAAUGAGAGUCCUCAAGUAUCUCUUAAGAAAAUCUCUCCUCAGAAAGAUUCAAUGGGAGAGAAUCAAAAGAAAAGAGAUAGCAUCCAUACCUUCAUGAAAGGAGAUAUUGAGCUUGAUCAGCAAUAUAAUUCCCAGAUUAAAAACCUCAAUGGCAGAUCUUCAAGAAAGAGUCCUCUAAUGAGGAAACUUCACAGUGAGGAAAAUUCACAUUCUCAGCCUCCAGUGAGGUCUCAAGGGAUGAAUGUCUUUACUACCAAGGAAGGGCAGCAGAAUCAGCUGAUUUCAAUCAUAAAGUCUCAUACUGACAACAUAAAUUCUUCUUUAUCACCUCGAAGAAAAACUCUAUCACCAGCCUGCUCCCAGAAAAGUAUGAUGGGAGGAAGAUUUGACAGAUCAAAUCCAAGGCCAAACGGGAUAAAAGCUACCAUUGAUGCUUCUAAGUUCUUCUCCAGGGCCAAAACUGAAGAGAAAUCUAGCUACAACUCAGCAAGUGCCUCAAGAACAGAGUUUGAGUUUAACUCCAGAAAUCAAUCUCUCAACGUAGAACAGAAGGUUGCCGAGAUCCAGAUGAGCCAAAAUGAGGCCUAUAAGAACAAACAACUAUUGGAAUUUAUUCAAGUGGUAAAGACAAAAUUCUCAGAACUAGAGUCUGAACUUGCUAAGACCAAGUCAGAGCUAGUCUAUUACCAGCGUAAAAGCAAGGAUCAAGCUGAAGUCAUUGAGAAUCUCCGUAAAAGAGAAAGCUACACGACUUUAAAAUAUGGAAUGCUGAUCAACCAGAAUCAUGAACUCUCCAUUAAGUUAAAGAAAAAGACAGAAACAAUAGCACAACUCAGUACUUUAGUAAAGCAAGAAAAUGAAGGACAAAAGGGCCUAGAAGGAGAACCUUCCGGAUACCAGAACGAAGAAGAGUCAUAUGAAAGUGAUUACAAAUGAAAAUCAGAUAACAGGGAAACAGAAAGACCUCAGAACGUACUCAGGACUUCCUCCUCGGCUGAAAUAUUUUCAAAUACUACCGGGCCAAGUGGACUUGGAAGACUUUUCUCAUAA